AUGUUGGGGAAUUAUUCUAGUGCCACUGAAUUUUUUAUUGUAGGUUUCCCUUGCUCCCAACAAGUACGCCGUAUCCUUUUUACUACCUUUUUCUUCUUGUAUUCAGUGACAAUGAUAGGAAACACAGUCAUUAUCCUUGCUGUCUGUGUUGAUAAACGCCUGCAUUCCCCCAUGUACUUCUUCCUUGGCCACCUCUCUGUCUUGGAGAUCCUGAUCAUAUCCGUUGCUGUCCCUUUUAUGCUCUGGGGCUUGCUGCUUUCAGAAACUCAAACAAUAUCUUUGACUGCAUGUGUUGCACAAGUAUACUUGUACCUUUCUUUGGGUACCUCAGAGUUAGCAUUAAUGGGAGCGAUGGCUGUGGACCGUUAUGUGGCUGUCUGCAACCCUUUGAGGUACAACAUCAUUAUGAACAUCCGCACCUGCAUCUGGGUGGUAGUUGUAUCAUGGGUGUUUGGGUUCCUUUCUGAAAUCUGGCCAGUCUAUGCCACAUUUCAGCAUACAUUCUGCAAAUCAAAUCUGUUAGAUCAUUUUUACUGUGACCGAGGGCAAUUGCUCAAGCUAUCCUGUGAUGACACUCUUUUCACAGAGUUUAUUCUAUUUUUAAUGGCUGUUGUCAUUGUCAUUGGUUCUUUGAUACCUGCAAUUGUUUCCUACACCUACAUCAUCUCCACCAUCCUCAAGAUCCCCUCAGCCUCUGGCCAGAAGAAAGCCUUUUCCACUUGUGCCUCCCACUUCACCUAUGUUGUGAUCCUCUAUGGCAGUUGUUUUUUCCUCUACGUGAAACCCAAGCAAACGCAAGCAGCUGAGUACAACAGGGUGGCAUCACUGCUGCUUUUAGUGGUGACCCCUUUUCUGAACCCUUUUAUCUUCACUCUCCGCAAUGACAAAUUCAUACAGGCCUUUGGAGAUGGCAUGAAACGCUGCUAUCAACUCCUCAAGAAUUAG